GUAGACCAAAAAGAAGGAGAAAUAUGAUGAAGAAGAAGCACACACAACAAUGGCUGAGGAACACCCACCAGUAUCUAAAAAACUACCCAUUCCUCGUUUAAUAACAACAGCUUACACGGCAAAGACACGCAAACGGAAUCUGAGUAAUGACGAGAAGCUAGCUAAACGGAACGAGAGCCGAGCCCGCGAUAGAACCAGGAUAAAUAUCGGAGAGGCCUACCCGACGUGGAGACAGCUAAGGGACCAGAAAGGAUUCAAAAGCGAUGCAGAGUUAGCCGUAUUCCUGAUUGAGAGAUAUCAUGCAGAUUCUUUGGUUACAACAUCAACACAAGCCAAACAUUGGUUGUUGGACUACGACGCAUCUGCUUCCCAACCCUAUCCAGUAUUACUGGCGUGUCACUCUCAGAUGGAGUGUGACCCCGAUGACAGACUGAGUACCUGAAUACCAUGGUGCCCGUCAUUCAUCAGCAUUUGGAUGAAAAGGUUGACCUGCACAGGCAAUUUCAGGUAUUGUGGCUGAUUAGACCUCUGCUCAGGUUAAAGUGGGCCAGAGCUUAGAUGGGAUUUUACUAGGUCACAAAUCUUUUCUGUCAAUCAGAAUGGUAAAUGGGUCAUUUGUCCUAAACUAUCAGGUGUAACAGUCAAUCAAUCAGUCCACACGCACCCACACAGUCCUGGAAGAUUAACUUAAAACACCUGUGUGGAAUUCAAGGGCCUUUAACGUCUGCUCUUGAGUUUGAUGUGGCUUGUGGCUGGACUAAGGACAUUUGAAGUACUGGUGUUUUUUUCUACUGGUUUGCUCAAACUGCUUCAUGAAGCGUUGCAUCAUUGGCCUUUGAUAUGCCAAGGACCACAAUGCAUGGAAUUGUGUACAGAAAAUGCAGAGUAGUCAUCAGGAUACUGGGUGCCAACUGUCCACUUCCCUAAAGGUGGCCAGCUGCCUUUCUUCACAACAUCUGUCUGGACGAUGGUCAAUGAGGAUAUAAUGGAGCCUGCUGAUGAAGACAAGGGACAAUGGGGUACUUGGGUUACUGGGUUAUGGUUAGUCAAAUGUACGCUGAAAUAGCAUCAGACACACAGUGUUUGCAGCUGGUUCAGCUCCAGAGGUUGCAGUACUUGCCCUACAAGUGGAUGACUAUUUCAAAAUAGGUGCAAAUACUAUUUGUAGUAAAGCCUGUCCUCCUCCCUUAAAGGCCCCAAUCUGUGUCUUAUAAAUAGUUACAUGCAUUUUGGAUGGAUUUGUGGAUUUAAUUUCUUGUAAUAUAGAAAAAAAAGAUGUGGAGUUCUCAGAUGUUCAGAAACCUUUAACAUCAGUGUGACAAAAACAGAAGCACCCUAAACAUUACAAAUU